AUGACACUAUCACCGUCUCCCUAUGCACGGAAAGCGACAUCAAGGGCAGUAUCGAUAACCUCAACAUCGUCAUCCUCUAAAUCAUCCGCUGCUUCUGCUGGUCCGUUUCAUCCUCAUAGCAGUAGUAGCAGUAGACAACAGUACUCUCACGCCGCGCCAAUCAUAUCAUCAUCGCGAUCUCAAGGAAACUAUUCGCCGUCACUCUCGGCGAUCUAUCAGAAACCACAUCAUACAACGCCCAUCAGCUCAUCGUCCGACCUUGCCUCUGUGGUAUCCAAUUCCAGCGAUGCCAUAAGCGAGCUCACCACUAGCGCUGCAGCACAUCGAUCCAACUCGCUACCCGAAAUGUCAUCAGUGUCGUCUCAUCAGCUUCCUCAUCAACAUGAGACCUCUUCUACUCGACCGUAUCUAGCACAGCGUCAACAAUACACACAAUUGCUAUAUGCUGGAGACGUUGUUUUGCACGAAAACCCUGACACGAACAAACUGCAGCUGCUGCCAAUGAGGAAAAGCAAAAAGGUGUUCCUGGUACUAACGGAUACGUGCCUACUGCAUUUCAAAUCAGCCGCUAAAGCUCAUUUAGCAGGCAUCGAAAUCUCGUUCAACACAUCAGCUUCCAAAGAUCGGCAGCAACAACAACAAUAUCCAGCUAUCAGAAGCGCAGGAAAAGGUGCCUUGGUGGUGGCAUCUCUCAGUGAUGUGUAUGCAGUCCAUAUUGUCAAUACGAUUGCUGAAAGUUACACCUUUCGAAUUGAUUUUACCGCAGACGAUGACACGAAACGUGCUACCGCUGUUGUGGGGCAAGUUUCGACAGCCACCGAGCUUCGACAAUGGAUCAUGUCGCUCCGCAAAGCAACACGUACCCUGGGUCAGCACGUCAGCAACGCUACGAUGCAGCGAUGUCUCUCUCCCUCAGAACGAUAUGCAACAAUUGAUCGUAUCAGAAAGCACAACGAUGUGCAAGAAGACAUGGCCAUGUUCAAGGUUGUGUACAAAGAAAAGCGGCGGCAAAGUACAAACGACUUGGUGCCCAAAGAUGCCUUUGUCACUGUCAUUUUUGCCAUUGGCAAAUACAGCUUUUAUCUGCUGCCAUCGUCAUCAUCUUCGGGAGGUAUGCUUACGCCAACAAUCAAAGAAACCUCUGGAAGAAGUGGUAAAUCAAGCAGUAGCAGAAAAACUGCAGCUGUCAUUAUUGCAUCGUCCUCAUUAUCGUUUUUGGAGCGCGAUCGAUACGGUUUGCUCGCCAUCAGCGAAAUCGAAUACGAUGAUCAAAAAGAUGACACAUUCCGAUUAUUGGUGCGACAAGUCAACAAGCCUUUGCUUCAGAUUGCGUUGGUGUCAAAUUCAUGCGAAGUUAUCAUUCAGAGACUGCGACAGGCCAUGGACUCCUUAGCGCCAAUCCGAACCACCUACACCUUGCGUCUGCCAGAUCAUCUGAUGAACUCGGCUGUCGUAGCGCUGUCCAGUGCCUCAUCAUACUAUCAUCAGGCGGUCAUUGUCAAGGCGGCCAACCAUGACGAUCCAGGGUAUGAUGAGCAGUUUCUGCAGUUUGAACUCUUGUUGCAUGCGCAUUGUGCGGCGUUAAACUUGAACAAGUCCCGGUUUUUUUAUGAUGUGUCCGGUCCGUUGGAUGCCAAAAAGUUGCUUCUAUUGCCACCGAACGCAGUGAGUCAGUCGGCUGAUACUUACUCAAAGCAUGAGCUGGUGGCCUUACUUCGAUGCCUUUGGCAUAAUCCGUUUUUCAAAGAAAUCGUUUUCGCCAAUCAUUCGCUCGAAGAACUGGAUUCGUGGGCAGCAAACAAUCAGGACGGAUGGGCGAUGCAUCCGCGUGAUAUCUCAGCGAAAUCAUCCAACAGUGUACUUGCAAACGAACUGUAUGCCCUCUUUGUGGACACUCCAUUGCUUGCCAAAAUUGAUUUGACAAAUUGUCGGGUUGGAUACAGCAACGCGGCCAGCAAGAUAUCGUCACUCGCAUCCAUUGGCACUGCACUACAGCAAAACGGACGACUCAAUCAGAUAUGCAUUGGCAAAAAUCAAAUGUCAGCAUCGGAUAUUCAGGAGCUUGUCAAUGGUUUGCAUGCCAGCAAAGGUCUAACCCAUUUGGACAUCCAUGACAUGAGCUUGCACGCACGACAAAUUGAGCAAAUCUUGUCCACAUUGCUCAGUUACAGUCCAGAACGGUUAACGUAUCUGGAUGUUUCGUACGGAGCACGAUCGCCGAGCGUAUCUCCUGGCCUGAUCGAAGCCAUUCUCGAGCGAUGUACACAGCUUCAAGUAUUACGGCUUAAAGGACAUCAUGACUUGCAGUUUGGUGAGCUCAUAUUCAAAUGUCAGCCGACCUUGGUCGAGCUGGAUAUGAGCCAGAUGCAGCAUACGAAUGACGACAUUUUGCAAUUGACGCAAUGGAUACAGUCUUCGUCCUUCAGCAGCAGCAGUAGUAGUAGUAGUGGUAGUGGUAGUGGUAGCACCAGUACCAGCAGUACCAGCAGCAAGAAGAUUGCUACGCAUGUACUCAGGCUGGACGACUGUGGACUACAUGGUGGUCACUUGGGAAUUCUCAUGAAGGCGAUCCAUCCAAGUGGCAAUGUGCACCUGAGUUUCAAUGGCAAUCCAGUUUUGAAGGACGUCGUCCAUUUACCCAAACUCUUUCCGGUGUUUAUGCACAGCACGCGUGGUCCUACAUCGUUGGCGCUUGGCCGAAUUGAAUGGGAGGAGAAUUCGCUGCGCGAACUGUUUGACUGUCUCCAAGAUAACCAAGUUCUGACCUGUCUGGAUCUGGCCGAGAGUGGAUUCGUAUUGGGCACAGAAGAUUUGUCUCAUGAUACGGUGCGGGUAUUGACUCGCUUGUUUGAGCGCAACACCAUGCUCAAGGAGCUGACGUUCCGAUCGAGCGCACCAUUGCUUGGAAAGGCCAUAACACAAGCCCUACAUGGACUGAAGAGUAACCGGUCUUUGGAGCGAUUGGAUUUGACGGGACUGGGGCUGGGCGAUGCCGGCAUUCAGGCAUUAGCGAAUGUUUUACAACAUAAUCGGACCUUACAAGCGCUUGAAAUAGAUAGCAACUGGACGACAAUACGAGGAUUCCGAGAUCUAACAACUGCUAUUCCAAAGUCUGGGCUGAUCGAGCUGUCACGGCCGUACAAAGAUCUGCGAUACCAACUACAAACACUGCGAGAAACGAUUGCGGGUUUGAUCCAAAGCGAAAAUGAAAUGCAAUGGUUCAUUAUCCACUCGACACAGGCUAGCGAAACACGACGCACACGAGCGCAGCUGCAAAUGCAAAACCAGACACGACGGUCCGCCGAAGCGAGCUACAGCAAGAUAACAGGGGUAGUCAACAAGAUGAUGCAGGUCGUAGAAGAAAACCACAAGCAAUAUCAAGUAGAACAGCGACACAUUCGUGCCAUGCGGCUACAAGCGGAAUAUGCUGCCGAAGAAUUGGCAAUUGCUCAGCUGCGACUUCAGUCCGAUACGUCCAUGGCAAGCCAUCAUGUCGGCUCGCGGUAUACAUACUCAUCCAUCGAUAGCGGUGCUACUGGGAACAUUAGUAGUCGGUCGGCGUCCGUGAGUACGAUAGGGCAGGGAUCUGCUGUUUCUGCAGGACAAUCAACGACAGCAGGAUAUCAUAUCACACAGUCUCCAUUGCCCUCACCACCACCUCCCUGGACAAGUUCAUCGUCGCCACCAUUACCAGCAUUUUCUUCUUCAACGUCUACUUCAACAACGCGACAUCAACAUCAUCACCAUGAUAGUGGCAUGUCAAUUCAACUUACACCGGCUGAAUAUCAAUAUAAUACAUACCCUUUAACACCAGCAUCAACGAGAAGAAGCAGUACACCAGAAGAGUACAUUGGACAUUACGAAGAAGCUGUUUCCUCUGACAUUGCUCCACCGGCUGCUCCUGCUGCAGCUUCUACUAUUGUCCUUGCAUCUUCAUCUCUAUCAACACCUACAACAUCUGCUGCACCACCUCGACGAACAAGCAAUGCAACUACUGCAAGGCGCGUAACACGCCGACGACAUGCGACAGAACCCACUGUCAACGAAAACUAUGAUCAUCCUGGAUUUGUUGAUGACUUUCGCAUUAUUGUGAGGCAGGAGCUCGGUAGUAUCGCAAGACAUCAACAUCAACAGCACCCGUACUAG